AUGGCGUCAACAACUUCGCCCCUGACCAUCUUUGAUGGAUCCACAGCAGUGGACGCCGGCGAUUUGACCGUCGCCAUUGCGUUCACCCUGGUCAUCUCCUUUCUCUGCUUCUUUGUGCUCUUCAUCCUGUGCAUCAAAGUUGUCCGCCGCCAGGUCACCGUCACCACCCGGGAGGAGCAGGGCUACGUCUUUUGGCUCCUCAUUCCCAUCGAGCUUUUCCUCAUCGCCUUUGCCGUUGUCAGUAUUCGGGACCUUCGCACCGGCCUUAAUCUUGCUGAUCAGGAAUACUAUGCCCUUCAGGAUCUGUACGACAACGGCUCGGUGAGCUUCUGCCCGGCCAACGCCACCUUUUGCUGUGACCACAUCACCAGCAUGGUCCGCAACACCAGCUACGCUGGCUGUAGCAUCAUCAAUGACCCCGUGUGGCGCCGCAGCGACGAAUGUGCCGACCAUCGCCAGGGUUCCUAUGAGCGCAAUUGCUGUCAUUUUGCUCCUGGCAUGGAUGACUUGGACGGCACCUACAUGUCCUGGAUGUGGUUCGGCCUCGUUGCCGUCGUAGCCACCACCAUGCUCGAAGUCCUGUACUUUCUCUGCGAGUUGUGUGAGCUACCUUUUACCCGCUACACCUGGAUCAUUCUCGUUCUCGACUCGGCUGCCAUCCUUUCUGACAUGUUUUGUAACCUGGUUGUCAUCACCAUCGGCGAUAAGCUGGAUGAGCAGCCGUAUCACUGCUUUGAGGACAACACCCUCCAAGCCCAAUACCAAUCGGCCCUCGCUGCCUUUGUCAACUUGCUCUCCGACUUUAGCAGCCUCACAUGGAUUUUUGUGGUUAUCGCCAUGAUUUUCACGACCUACGUGCUGUGUGUCCGAUUGGGUUGGCCCGCCUUUCUUGUGCCACACCUCAAGGAGCGCCCUGCCGCUGUGGCCCGUCGUAGCAAGAAGGAACAGAAGGGAAAGAGCCAACCCACUUCUGCAGCCGAGGUUGGCGCCACCAGUCCUGAAUCUGAUCUUGAGCUCGGUCAAACCAACGGAAUCAACCAGCCCCUCGAUAACAGCGCAAUGGGCGCCCCCACGGAGCUGGACUUGCUCUCCAGUGUCAACUCCGAACCAGCCAACCUCCAGGUUAUGGAGCUUGACGACAUCGGCGAACCAGAACCUGCCCUUGACACCGCCCCUGCUGACAACGAGUCCUUGCAAGAAACUGCACUCGACGUCCCUGGCCCCAUGGACCCCACUGCCAUGGAUGUGCCGCUGCCUCCUCCAGAGAACGCUGCCUAUGCCGCGCCGCAGGAUGCGGUAUCCGCGCAAGCAACGGACUUUUAUGCCCCGCCGGUCGAGGCCAAUAGCGAUGAUCUCUACGCCGAUGCCCAGGAACUGCCCGAUGCACCCUCAGAGGCAGCGCCAGAGCUGCAGGAACAACCGGCAGAAAUUCAACCGCUGCACGACGACGUGCGCGAUGAUGAGCAUCAGCAGACAGAGCCGGCUUCGGAUGUGCAGCAAGAAGAGAGUGCCCAAGAGCAAGAGGUGACAUUGGCCGCAGUGCCGGCGUCAGCUUCAGACGCGACGACAACGCCAGAAGAGCCAGGAGAGCCAGGAGAGGAGGAGCAGCAACAGGCUUCGGCCUCGGCCUCGAUCGUGGCAGAGCCUCACGACCCGUCUGCUCAGGAUCUGAGUCAGUCUCAGCAGGAUGAUGGAUCUGGUAAAACAUCAGACUUGGCAGCCGAAGCCGAACUUGUCAGCACCAAUCAAGAAGCUGAGCAGGAUGAUGGAUCUGGUGAAACAUCAGACUUGGCAGCCGAAGCCGAACUUGUCAGCACCAAUCAAGAAGCUGAGGACACAGCCAAUGAGACUCCGGAUAGCCCAGAGGAUGGGGCACUGUCUCCCGCACCACCUGCACCUCCUGCACCACCUGCACCUCCUGCACCACCUGCGCCUCCCGCACCUCCCGCACCAACUGCAGAAGAUGUGUCGCCGGACGACACCGCAGCUGCUCCUUAGUGUAGUGUAAUCUUGAUGAUCCCAGCUCAAAAGACCGUAUGUGCGGUGCACAGCGCUCUUCAUCAAGUGUGCGGUCUUUGAGUGGGAUGUCUUACCAAACCCAUGCUCACCCAGCCCUAUUAGGCUGGCUUUUGGGAAGUCCCGUCUUUUAGGCUUGUUGACUUACUAUUUUGUUCAUGCUCCCU